GAGAGAGAGAGGGAGAAGUGGACAGACCUCACGGUGAGCUCAGAUGAACCUCGGCAUCCUUUCCCACGUUGGAUCAUUUCAGCUCCGUUAAGGCAGAGAACCAGCAGAGCAGAGCUGCAAACACACGCAUGUGUACUGAAUGGGGAAAAUGUGAGAAAAGAAGGCAAAAUGAAGACUCGCUCUGGGGAGAAGGAACCUGAAACAGGAGGAGAUGAACACAAGGUGGACCAUCAUGAAAACCUGCAUCUGAUCAGCCAUUCAACAGUAAUUCUUUGAAACAAUCUGAUCAGUUCAUCGUAGCUAUGGCAGCACAUAUUGUGCUUCUUCUUCUUUUAUUCUGUAAAGGUGAAAGAAGUGGCAUUUCAGUGGCUGCAUCAGAGGAAGAGCCGGAUUUGCAAGAACUAUCAAGCAAAAGUCAACAAGUUUUACCUCAUCCAGAGUCGAUGGAAAACUUUUUUGGCAGUUUCAAAGAAUUGGAAAGCCCGCUUCAGAAUGCAACGGAUGAUGUAAGAACCCUGCCAAAUGCGGAUUUUAGACUAAAUGACAGAAAACCUAAUGAUUUUGACUUUAAGGGCAACAUAGCAGGGCAAACAGUCAAACUUAAACAUCCAGAAUCUGCGGCCAAGUCCCUAAAAACUAAACAUAGCCCUGAACUCAUUCUGAACCCAGAGAAAAGAAGCAAUUUGUCUAAUGGAGAGGUUGAAGGUGUAAUUAAUGCUCACAGUCUAGUGCCGAGUUCAGAGAAGGAGUACGCUCUCCAGCCUGAGCUCCAUUUGGAGACAGGUGUCGGUGACUUUCUGCGUGAGAGGACACGGGGCCGCUCUAAAUGGGUCAUGGAAUCUGAAGACAGUCGGUCAGGGCUGUACCUGCCACGUGUGGAGCCUCGCUCUCGCCGCCGGAGGAGCUGGCUCUGGAACCAGUUCUUUGUGAUCGAGGAGUACAGAGGGCCUGAGCCUGUGCUCAUUGGACGGCUGCACACAGAUAUGGACAGAGGGGACGGACGCACUAAGUAUAUGUUGGAGGGAGAGGGAGUGGGCUCUGUGUUUGUCAUCGACAGCAACACAGGCAACAUACAUGUCACCAAGUCUCUAGACCGCGAGGAGAAGGACCAGUACCGUCUCAUUGCAACAGCUACAGACCGUCAGACAGGCCGAGCCCUGGAGCCCUCAUCUGAGUUCAUCAUCAGAGUGCAGGACAUCAAUGACAAUCCGCCUGUCUUCCCCAAUGAACCCUAUGUUGCCAUGGUACCAGAGAUGGCCAACAUAGGCACGUCCAUAAUCCAAGUCACAGCUAGAGAUGCUGAUGAUCCAACAUAUGGAAACAGCGCCCGGCUGGUUUAUGCCAUUACUCAGGGCCAGGACUAUUUCUCUGUGGAUCCUCAGACAGGCGUCCUGCGGACAGCAGUACCUGACAUGGACAGAGAAACUCGGGAUGAAUAUCUGGUCAUCCUCCAGGCCAAAGACAUGGGAGGGCAUCUGGGCGGAUUAUCAGGGACUACGACCGUCACUGUGAAGCUGAGUGAUGUUAACGACAACCCCCCUCACUUUAGAAGGAGUGCGUGGUCAUUCUCUGUAUCGGAGCUAGCAGCACCAGGUGUGGAGGUGGGCCGUCUAACUGCCACUGAUCCGGAUCUGGGAGAAAAUGCACAGCUGGAGUUCACUAUCCUGGACUCUGAGGAGACCGAAAUAUUCAAUAUAACCGGAAGAGACCAAGAGGCUGUCAUUGUGCUGAACAAGCUGCUGGAUUAUGAGACCCGCAGUUCAUACACUUUCUCUGUGGAAGUUGCCAAUCCUAUAGUAGAUGCCCGGUACCUAAGGAAAGGUCCCUUUAAGGACCAGGCAACAGUCCGGGUCAUGGUCCUUAAUGCUGAUGAGCCACCGCGAUUCUCCCAGGCUCGAUACCAUCUGGACGUGUCUGAGAACUGCCCCCCUGUCUGCUCUGUUGGCCGGGUCUACGCUGUGGACCCAGACACAGGGCAAAGCACCAAUAUCAGGUACUCCAUCGAUCCCCAGUCAGACCCUGAGGCUCUGUUCCGCAUCGCCUCUGACACGGGCUUUAUCAGCACAGUGAUGGAGUUGGACCGUGAGCAGGAGCAGUGGCAUAAUAUCACAGUCAUCGCCACACAGAGGGACAAUCCAAAUCUUGUGUCAAGGGUUGUGGUUGCCAUAGAGACACUAGACCAGAAUGACAAUGCACCAGAGUUGGACAGGCAGUAUACAACGUCUGUAUGCGACUCCAGUGCCCCCGGUCAGGUAGUUCAGGUUCUGCGAGCCAUCGACAAGGACCAAGGAGGGCAGGACACCCCGGUCCACUUCAGCAUCCCUCCAGAGUCCAGCUCUGCCCUCAACCUCACCAUCAGGGAAACUGGAGGUGUGACAGCCAGCCUGGUGCUCCAGUCAGCCUUGGAGCCUCUCCCUGGUUUCUCCUCAUCCUUACUCACCCUCUACGUGCCAGUUGUGCUGCGCGACGGGGCCUCGGGUCUGACCAACACUGGCACAGUUACUGUGACCAUUUGUCCCUGUCUGCGAGGGGGCAUGCAGACAGAGGAUAGGGGGAGACAGAGGGACAGGAGAUGGGAGAGACACAUGGUUUGUCUCCCCAUGCCGUCUGCCUCCACUUCUCUCAUAUUUAGCUUGGUCACCUUAUUGGCCAUGCUGGCCUGUGUCACUACUCUGCUGGUGGUGUGUGCACUCUCGCUGUCAUUGCGCCAUCAGAAGCGAGACUCCCACUCAACCUUCGAGGAGGAUGAUGUCAGGGAGAACAUCAUAUCCUAUGAUGACGAAGGGGGAGGGGAGGCAGACACCGCAGCUUUUGACAUUACAGCGCUGCAGAGCAUGCACAGAAUACAGCACAUGCACAACAACAGAAACAUAUGGUACACUCAGCAGAAUCCGCCAAGGGCCAGGACGUACAGCUGGAGUCGUAACCCAUGUCCCGGCCUGGACCCUCAGCAGAGGCCGGGCUCUGCUCCGCUCUACGGGCGCCUCUGCUACGGCUUCCACACGCUGCCUGUUCUCAGAGAUUAUCCAGCUGGGCCGCUGGAGGCAGGUCUGCAGCUAACGCAGCUGACCCAUGGGCUGACCGGAGGUCACAUGGGCAAUUCCCUUGUCAUCCCGAACCAGAGCACCUUUGAUCCUCUGCUGUGCUCUCCUGAGAUGAGCUCUGCUAGUUACGAAGCAGAACACAUGCUGGCAAAGAGCAAAAUCCCAGACAGAAAUGAAGCCAGUGAAGCAAACACAGCUGACACAAAAGAGAAUCAGGAUCAGGCCACGAUAAACCGAACAGAAACCGACUCGACACCAGCAAACAACGCUUCAGAUCUGACCCACUGUGACCCAAAUGAGUCCUCAUGUCAUAGUCACACCAGCUCCUCGUCAAACCAGCAAGAGGGGCGACCGGGGUCAUCGCAGACUCAGAUCAGCACUGGAGCCACCAGCUGCACAUUAGAUGACAUUGAUACUGAUUCCUCCAUUCCCUCUGUUUCAGAGCGAAAUUAUUCAAAUGGCAGUCAGAUCAACUGUAUAAACCCUCCUGUUUACCUGACAGGAGACACAUACAGCAUUGUGGGCUCGCUGAAUCCAAACAGCAGAGGGACAUGUAUGAACGGGACGAGUGGCAGCGGGGUGUACCCAGUGGGAGUGCAGCUACUGAACAUGUGCAGACUCCAGAGAAAGGAUUUGACCCCACAGCCGUUGUCCUUACCUGGGGGGUUGUUUGGCAACAACAGAGGAUGGGUGUGCGCAGCAGAGCCCGUGAGAGCAGAGGCCGCCAACCCGCAGCCUCUCCGCAUGGAAGACCUCCUGAAUAUCCGUCUGGAUCAGGUCACCUUUGACCUGUCGCAGCCGCCCUAUGACUCAGUGCAGACUUAUGAGUUUGAGGGCCGUGAUUCAAGGGCUGAGUCACUGAGUUCACUGGAGAGCGAUGGAGAGAAGGACGACGGGAGGGCAGUGGGAGGGAUGGAGGAGUUAAACCAGAAGUUUCACAGGCUGGUGCAGAUCAUCAGAGAGAGGGAGAAGGAGAAGGAGGGCGAAGGAGGAGAGACACGGGCGGCUGAGGGAGGUGAGGCUGCAGAGGCUACCCUCGAUGAGACUCAUAAACAAAAAGAGGACAAAGAACAGCAGAAAUGGGAUUUCUAGACUGAAGUAAAAGAAAAGUUAGAGAGAGGAGAACUCAGUCGACAGUGAUGGAUUUUAAACACAGCGGGGGUGACAAAACACACAGCCUCUGACAGAAAUCUUCUUGUCCCCCCCCCACCCCCUGCCAGGAGAAAUCCAGGAGGAUGACAGUAUAGUCAAGAUUCAUGGUGGAAUCCGUGCACAGCGUAUAGUUUUCACCUCCACUAUGUUUAUAAAAUGCAUAUGGAAUCUGUCACUUUUCACACUGCUCUUGUAACCGAUAUUAAUAAUGCACUUGGGCUUUCAAAGCUAAAGUUAUGAAAGAUUAACUUGAUUCAGAGCCCUGAAAGCUGCAUUGUUAGAAAAUAGGCCUCAUCAAAUAUUGACCAGAAUUGUGAUGUUUAAUAUUGAUAGUUUAAUAGGGGCACGCUCACUCGACAUACUUGGAAUUUGAAUGCGACAUUUGCAUCUGAAUUGGAGAGUUUUAAAACCACACAAGCGUACAGGACUGUUGACCUACACUGCCACGUGUUCACAGAGCCUCUCCCAUGAGUCUAAGUGUAUACAUUUAUAUUCUGUAGCUCUGUAGAGAGAGUUCACUACAGCAAGUAGUCACCAUUAUGGUAGCAAAACCUGCUCGCUAUGCAAUUUGCACACAGUUAGAAAUGAUUAGAUUGUCACUGUCAAAGAUUUGUGUACUGUUGUGAAAGUACAGUAAAUAAUGUCCAUAUGUAGAUAAAUAUCAACAUUUGCUUUAGUGGUCAUUUACUGGAAUCCACACAGGAAUAUAAGCAUUUCAUUUUCAGUCAUUAAAGUGUUGCAGACUUACAAUA